AGGAAAGUUUGGAUGAAAUAUUUGAAUCUUUCGUGAUCUUCGUUGUAAUUGUUUACGUUUGUGACAACUAUGGAUUGAUAUCCAUUUUAUUUAAAGUUAGUGUUGUUGAUUAUAAAAAAAAAAAAAAAAUGUGUGACGAAAUUGUGGGAUUGUUGAAAAAAGCAUUUUCAACGUUGUCAAUGAAGUUUCCACUCUCUCCUAAUUUAAAUUGCUCUAUAAGCAGAGACUUUUCAUUGUUGUCACAAAGAGAAGCAUAUGACAUCCUUAGGUACUUACUGAAUGCUUGUGGACAAGUGGUUGAAUUAAAUGAUAAUUCAUUUGGUGAAGGUCGUUGGAAGUCAGUAGAUCCUGAAGUUAAGAGGAGAAUAGAAAAGUGUAAAAGAUAUGUUUUUGACUCCAUAAAAAACAUGAGCAAGGAAAAUAAAGUUGCAAUACCCAAAUUAAAAAAGUCAGAUUUACCAGUACCAUACUCCACAAUAUACUUUAGUACAUGUCUAGCGCUGGCUAACUAUGCCCUAAGCUACCAACUUGGAAAUCUUGGCUGUUAUUUUUGGCCUAGAAGUGAAGCUUAUAAAAGUAUGAAGAGAUUUUAUUCAAACUUUAACGAAGAAGAAUGUCAUCAAUUUGAAUUACAACAGAAGAAACUUUUAAAUGAAAUUGAAAUGUUGGAGGAUGCAAUAAGAAAAUUAAAAGAAAACAAAACAAGAAUUGAUUCAGUUUUAGAUAAUGAGAUUGUUAAAUGUAAAUAUAGUUGUGCCUUGCGAGAAGAAUCUGAAAGAUCCAGGAUACUUGCAAGUUGGAAAGAUGAAACAGAUGCACUACAUAAAAGUAAUUUAGAAAAAGUUAAAAUAUUAGAGCAUUUGAAUGAACAGUCAGCUCUUCUUGCAAGACUAUUGGUUAAGAAAGAGAAAAUCAUCAUUAGUGGUGAUGAGCUUCGAAAAAAUAUUCAUUUUGAAGUUGAGAACUUUGCGGAAAUGAAUGGGCUUCCUUUAAUUAAGGAAAAUCAUUUAGACAUUCCUGCUUUGUUUAAAAUUGUUCAUUUAAGUAUUCCUAAAGCUGUUAAGAAUAGAGAGAUGCUCAGAGAGCUUCUGUCAUUAAAAUUGCCAGUAAUAGAUACUGGAUUGUUGUCUAGAUUUGAAACUCAAAAGAAAAAAUUAGAAGAAAGGUGUGAAGACUUUCACAAACAUUUCGGUGAAGACGAUAGGAAUAAAGCAUCUGAAUGGCUAAAGAAUUUCUUAUUCAACAUUCCAAAAGUUGAGUUCAGUGUACUCAAUACUAAAGUUUCUACAAGAGAUCCUGUAUUCGAUGAAGAAAAGCUGUUACGUUUUAGGGAACCUAGUGAGAAAAGCUCUCAAUACAAGAAAAAUAACAUUGAUUUGGCAGCCAAAAAAGGUUACAUACUUCACAGGUUCAGAGAUUUCUCUACAAAACACGCCAAAAAAAAGCCAAAUGCCUGCAAUCAGGACGAUCAGCAAAUUACUGCAAAAAGAGAUUCUAAAAAACAUUUGAAGAAGAUUAGUAAAAGAAAAAGUAUCUCACUGAUUAAUCUAUCUACAGUGUCUCUAGCUUCAAUUAAAUCAGCAAAUUCUGAAAAAGUAGACUCUCCUUGUGGAAGUGAAACAUCACAAAAGUCACGAAAAUUGUGCUCAACUCCAAAAGAAAAUCACAAUAGAUCAUCAUUUAUGUAUGACAGGAAUAUUUCUCCAAUUUCAGUUCUUUCUGCUAAAGAUAAAUCUUUUUUAAGUCAAGCCAGGAUUCCGGAGAUCAGUGUUGCUAAUGAUUCUAUGUUGAAUGAAAGUGAUGUUCAUGCUGCUUUAUUGAAUUCAUAUUUGAGUACAGAUUUGGAUUGUAAAAGUGAAAAUAAACAAGACACUUUCGACUUUACUAAUAGUACAGCAAAUGUAACGUUAGACACUUCACCAUCAGGAGUAUCGAUAAAUUUAUCUACAGUGUCAAAUUUUAUAAGUUAGUAAUUGUUAUUAUAAUAUUAUAUGAUGUGUAUUUUAUAAGUUUGAUUUUACUAAAAAAUUUACAGAUUGUUAAAUAUAAAUAUAUUAUAUAA